GCACAUCACAGGGACACGGAGACAGACGCACAGAGGGAAAAUGGUCUCACAUUGGAAUACACAACAUCUGACACACUGCAAACAGCAUGGACUCUGAAUCCUUGGACCGGUGCAUCCAGACGGCGCUGUCAGCCCUCUACCCGCCCUUCCAGGCCACGUCCCCCACUGUCCUCUGUCAGGUCCUCAACGUGGUGGAGCGCUGUUACCGAGGAGACGGGCUCCGCUACCUGAUCCACUUCCUGCUGCCGGCAAAGCAAUUCUUACAGAACCUCCAGCAAGAUGCCUGUUCUCCGUACUGUGGACUGCUGUUUCGUCAUGAAGGCUGGCCGCUGUGCAUCCAUGACAGAAUAGUGGUCCAGCUCUGUCACCUGGACCAGCGCCUCCUCCGUCCAGGAGACUUCUACCUGCUCAUAUCUCCUCCUCCUCCUCCUCCCAAGCCUCGAGGUCACAGCGCCUCCUGCAGGGGCGGCGUCGGCUCCUCCCCUCACCUACUGGUGUGCAGCCUGUCCGCCGGCGGCCGCCAUGUGGAGGAGCAGGAGGUGUCGGACAUAGCCCUGCGCUCGCUCUUCAGUAUGUCCUGGCUGGACUCUGUCAACAGGGACAGGGAGCGGCGGGGAGCGUCCCGGAUGGAGCGCUGCCUCCUGUCCUCCCACGGGGACGUCUUCAGGGUCCCUUGGGAGGACCUGGUCUACCCGCAGUUCAUGACCCGGCCCAGGAUGGCGCUGAAAGACCACAAAGAGACCCCCGGAAAGGACGGGAAUAUGUUAAUCAAUACGUCACACGACCGCUCUGUAACGCAGGACAAUAAGCUCCUCCCAUCAUCUGUGAAAGCCAAUCAAACGAGCAGCGAGGAGUCAGACUCAGAGGGGGAGUAUGUGGAGCUGACGGAGCUGCCACUGCCCCGGUUCUCCCCCCAGAAAGGCUCCUUAACCCAGUCCAUCAGCCAGCAGCACCGAGCCAGAACCAGCGCACACACACCUCAGAUAACGAACACGCAUACACCUCAGACCGCUAACGCACACACACUGCAGGCCACUAACACACACACACUGCAGACCGCUAACACACACACACCACAGACCACUAACACACACACCACCGCACACACACCUCAGAUAGCGAACACACACACACCACCAUCCUCUGACAUUAGUUCCCACACCAGUUUCUGCUCCAGGCUCCUGGAGGAGAACCUGGACCUGGACCUGGGCCCUGACGGAGCUGUCAUACUCACCCCCAUCGCUCCCGUCUCCUCACCCUCCUCCUCCUUCUCUGUGUCUCCACCUGGAGAUGGAGAUACGUCCAGAUGUGAAUGGGAGCAGACAGAAGGUACGGAGUCAGGGAGGAGUAAGAAUCUAGAAACUGAAAUGUGCACAGAGCAGGGAGGGAAAGAGGAGGAGGAGAUAGUAGAAUUAAUGGAUGAAGGUGUAGACGAGAAGGUGGAGGUGGAAGACUUAGACAACAUACAAGGAAAGAUGAAUGUAGAUGUUGGAAAGACAGGAAGCACGAAAGAUGAAGUUUUAUACUCUGAGGAAGAGGAGGAGGAAGAUGGAGAGGAGUUGGAUGAGGAUGAUGAAGAGGUGGAGGUGGAAGAGGAGGUUCAGGAGGACACACAAACACAACACACACACUCUGAGGACACACAACCACAGCACACACACUCUGAGGACACGCAAACACAACACACACACUCUGAGGACACACAAACACAGCACACACACUCUGAGGAGAACGGCGUCCACUUGGAUCCAUAUGAGGAGUCAGAAAAUGGCCUUAAAAACCAUGGAGUGAAGGAGCAGAAGAAGAGAAGGAGGAGGAGGGGGAGGAGGAGUGGCCCAGAGGAUGUGGAGGAGGAGGAUCAGAGCUGUGAGGAGGUUGGUGGGGGAACAUCUGCAGAGCUUCACACUGAAGGUCCCAGUGCUGCCCAGUCACAGGUCAGUCUGUCCACUUGUCCCAGUCCAACAGAACCAGAACCAGAACCACCAGUGUCCUCUUCACAGCCAGUCCAGUCAGUCCGAACACCGCGCACCUACUCUGUUCAACUGGGCUUCUAUAAAAUACUGCUGAGGUCUGGAGUUCUGUGUCUGCCUGGAACCAGGGACAGAAGUGGCCGAGCGCUGCUGACGGUCUGCACCAGAAACGCCGUGUGGUCCAACCCAGACUGUGACAGCGCCGAGCUCCUCCGCCUGCUGCUCUACUACACCUCCACCCUCAGGAAGGACGUGGCUGCGCUGGGUUUGACCGUUCUGGUGGACGCCCGCCGAGCCCCCCCUGCCCCCGCCCUGUUCGCCGCCUUCAGGUCGCUGCAGGAGAACAUCCCUGGUUCCAUCCACACUGUGUUCCUCCUAAUGAACAAGGAUUCAUCUGUGCGUCUGGACAAACCCUCAGCUGUUCAGGUGGAGGUUCUGAGUUCCCUGAAGUCGGUGCAGAAGCAUGUGGAGCUCCGGCAUCUUCCACCUGAGUACGGGGGAUCGUUCAGCUUCAGUCAGAGCAGCUGGCUCUGUUACCGAUCGAGGGUGGAACAUCUGACCAAUCAGUGUGAGGACGUCAUUAACCUGCUGCAGAAAACCAUCAACAUCCUGGAGUCCACACCUCUGCCUUCUGCUACUGAGGAUGCUGAGCGGUUGCUGUCCAAAUACAAGACAGUGAUGCGUAGUAUUCUUGAGGAUAGCCGAUUGGUCCAAUUACAGCAGGAGGGCGGGGCCUCACUGUCACGCCUCCGCAGAGAGGAGAGCAGCAUCAGUGUGACUGAAGAUUACAGGGCGGCAGUGGAGGCCGUGUCCGGUCUGUACGAUCAGGUGGACGAGCUGCUGCACCGCCUGGUCACUCUGUCCAACUCCAGAACCCAGGAGCUCCAGUUCAUCAUCGAGUUCAGCGGCCUGGAGGAGGGCUUCGGCCAGGUGAAGACAUGGAUGGAACAGGUCGGAGAGGUUCGUCUGAAGAGUCUGGAUGAGCCGGAGGACUCCCUGGACCUGAUGAACAAAAAACAGCAGGACUUCAAGGAGUUCUACAGCACUGCCUAUGACUGGUGUCAACGCGGUGAAACAUUGCUGAGUCGUCUGGAUCGUUGGGACAACAUCUCCUCAUCGGACCUCCAGGUCUACGAGGUCAAAGUUCAUUCGUUCUGGGCUCAGGUUCAGGACUUCUCCCAGCGGGUCAACGCCACAGGCCAGAACAUCGACCGGGCCGUUCGACUCUACCGCUUCUUAGACCAGGCCUAUGGAUGGGCGUUGGAAGGUAUGCGUCACUUAGCCGGGAUCAGUAUGGAGGAGUGCACGCUGCCCGAAAAAUGCCAGGCCGUGAUUGGCUGCCUGGACGACUACCACAGCCAGCACCCGCCCAUCCCCGACGCCCGCUUCCAGGAGAUGAAGGCGCUGGCGGGGGAGCUGCGUGGCGAGCGCGGCCUCCGUCAGUGGAGCUUUGCCUGGUCCAAGUGUCAGGAGACCAAGAAGAUGUUUGAUAGGAAAAUGGAGACGGCGCUGAGGAUGCGAGACUCCGCCCACAGACGGCGCUCCGACUCUGAGCAAGGCAAAAGCUCCACCUCCUUUUCCAGGAAGACGCUGUCGGGGCUGUGGGGGAUCAGAGAAGCCCCGCCCUCACCCUCGCCCUCCUCCGACCCCCCUGAGGAGGACGCCGCCUCCCUUUGCGCCCCCAGUACCCCCUCUCCUCCUCGUAAUGCCUCCACACCCCUGACCUCCACCCCGUCCUCCAGCGCUGCCCCCCCUCACACCCCUCAGCACACGCCGCUCCUCCAGCGCCUGUUUCGCAGCACCUCCUCGGACGAGUCUUCGGACCGGGUGGACAUCUGCUCCUCAACCUCCAGCCUCCACUGCCUAGACUCCACCUCCUUCACCACCCCCUCCACCUGCUCCUUCAACACCACCUCCUCCGGCCGGCGGCAGCAGCUCCGGAAGACGCAGAGCUUCGACUGCCCGUCCACCCCCGAGGUGUCUCGGUUCGGACCCUGCCCUCGGACGCUCAGUGAACCCGUACGGCGAGGGAACACCGGCGUCUUCAUCCGCGGACUGGAGGUCAGCAGCACCGAGGCGGCCGACCGCACGCUCUGCCCCAGGUCAGGAGCGCAAGGCUGGGCAGGACACGGACCCAGGAGCCCCGGGACACCCGGAACACCCAGAACCCCCAGCAGUACCGCAGACCCUCGCCCCAGAGGAAGUAAACUCCGCCACAUCGUGGAGGAGAUGGUGACGACGGAGCGGGAGUACGUCCGUUCUCUGAGCUACAUCAUCCGGCACUACUUCCCAGAGAUGGACCGGGCCGACGUCCCCCAGGACCUGAGGGGGAAACGCUCCGUGGUCUUCGGCAACCUGGAGAAACUCCUGGACUUCCACAGCCAGUUUUUCCUGAAGGAGCUGGAGGCCUGUUGGAAACACCCGCUGAGAGUCCCACACUGUUUCCUCCGACACAGGGAACAGUUUGGUCUUUACGCCCUCUACAGUAAGAACAAACCCAAAUCGGACGCUCUGCUGGCCAACCGUGGAAACUCCUUCUUCAGGAGGAAACAGGUGGAACUUGGUGAUAAGAUGGACUUGUCCUCGUAUCUGCUGAAGCCCAUUCAGAGGAUGAGUAAAUACGCUCUGUUACUCACCGACCUCAUCAAGGAGGUGGGCGUGUCCCAAGAGGCGGAGCUUACCGCAUUACACGCAGCCACUAAUAUGGUCAAAUUUCAGCUUCGCCAUGGCAACGACCUGCUCGCAAUGGAUGCCAUCCGAGACUGUGAUGUGAACCUGAAGGAGCAGGGUCAGCUGAUCCGUCAGGACGAGUUCACUGUCUGGUCUGGGAGGAGGAAAUGUCAGCGUCACAUCUUCCUGUUCGAGGAGCUGGUUCUGUUCAGUAAACCCAAACGGGUGGAGGGAGGGCUGGACGUGUUCAUCUACAAACACUCCUUCAAGACGGCUGACGUGGGUCUGACCGAGUCGGCAGGGGACAAAGGUCUGCGCUUUGAGAUCUGGUUCAGGCGGAGAACGUCCAAGAACCAGACGUUCAUCCUUCAGGCGUCGACUCAGGACGUCAAAGUCGCCUGGACGAGCGACAUUGCCCGCAUCCUGUGGACGCAGGCGACCAGGAACAAAGAAAUGCGUCUGAAGGAGAUGGUGUCGAUGGGCGUCGGGAACAAACCGUUUCUGGACAUUCAACCCAGUGACGCCGCCAUCAGCGACAGGGCGGUGCACUACAUCAUGAAGAGCAGAGGUGCCAGGACCAGAGCGUCCAUCGCUGUGUCCGUGUUUGAUCACUCUAAUCCUUUCAAGCGGUCAGCGGUGACCUCUGACCCUGCAGCGUCAGGGCCUUUGUCCAGCAGCCUGUUGGGUCCACUCAACCUGCACAUGUACAGUCAGAGCCUCCCAUCUCCUCCUCCGGCUGAAGGAUCCUUCAUCGCCUCAUGUAUCGAGGAAGACGAGCAGGAGCAUGAGACCAGCAGCCAGCCCUCCAUGACCACUGAGAGCUCUGGCUCGUCGUCUCGCUGCCUCUCCGGCUCCACCGGCUCUGACAGCGGCUGCGUCUCCUCCCACCUCCAGGAGGCACUGCCCGAGGAGCCCAGCCCCCCCAGCCAGCCUUCAUCAUCAUCAUCCUCGUCCUCCUCCAACGCCCUGCCCAGCAACAAGCAGCACCUCAGCAACCAGUACAUUUCAGCUAACUCCACUCCAGUCAUCAGUCCGGCCACCAUCGUGUGAUCAGCUGACCUGGUGGACUGUUUCCAGAUGGAAUCACACACUGAAGUCUGUGUGAAAAUCAGCACUGUUCAACUUAAAGACCUUAAACACCUUUAGUUUUUUUUUGUUGUUGUUUAAAAUAUUCUUUUAUUUAUCUGGUUCUUCUCUGAGCUCCAGCUACGGUAGACUUUGGUUUGUAAAUAAUACCUGAUAGUUUCUAACGGUUGGUUUGUUUGUGUUUUUUCUCUGUUCUGAAGCGUCUGUGGUCGUCGUGCCGCUGGAGCAUCGCUCUAGUUUUAUCUGAUCCAGAGUCAGUCGGAUAAACUGUACAUGUAUGUAAAUAUCGGAAACAUGACCAGCUGCGACUUUUCUUACUUGAAAAUAAACAUGAGUUUGUUUAAAACUGAA